AUUAAAGUGUUAAUUUCAUCUUAUCUUUGACUUUAGGAAUUAUGCAAGUUCGAGUACCGAAGCUGUGAAGGUGUACAAUCCAUACAGUCAAGAAAAUAUAGCCAUCAUUUCCGCUCUCUUGGCAUCGGGAUUCAGACGAAUACCUGACGAUCGCCCCGAUGCUAAUUAUCACACAUUCCUACCAUGUCCGCUGGGGACCUUUUCCAACUCUUCUUCUAAGGGAGCUGAGGGAUGCAUAGAAUGUCCUCCAGGUAUGUAAUCAGGAUCCUUUUUGGUGGCUUUUAGAUUUUUCUUCAAUGAGGCUGCAAAUCAGACAUGCGUGCUGGCGUCAUGGAAUCUGGAGAUCAUGUCAAAAUGCUUUAGCAGACCAGUUCUUCAUUUUCCCAUGAAGCCAUAACACCCAUUAAAAGAGGCUAAAACGCGCCUGUAAAUAUUUAUUUCCGUGGCAAAAAGUUCCGUAAUGAGUAAAAUUUCAUACAGUCUCUGCAUCGGCUUGAACGCAGGAAGGAAUAUGUCCGUUGCAAGAUCAGUCAACUAAGUCUUAAUUGCAAUAGUGCAAAAAUAAUUAUGUGCUGGAAAAUUGUAAUUUUCACUGCAAGGAUUUUCGUAGAGUCUUGAUUGUAUUCAUUUAUUUAUAAAGGUGGAUUUUACUCUGAUGAUGAAGGCCACGUAGCAGAAAGCUGCAAGAAAUGUCCAACUGGUUCUUUUGUUCCAUUUGAUAAGACACCAGGGAAACGACCCCAAGAUUGCAAGACAUGUCCGGAAGGUAAUAGUAAAUGACUAUGUCCUCCCAAGUGAGAUCAUCGACCCUAGUGAACUGAACACUUACUGACUUAAGGAUAUUCAUUCCGUGUCUAUCUUUCGCGCCAAAAUUCAUGCAAAAGUUUUCUCUCAAAAUAUUCCAACUUAGGCAACAUUACGUGUUGUAAUAUAAUGCACUUCCUUGUCACCCCUCGGAUAUUACCAAAAUUCGUCCAAAGAGUAACAAUAAUACUGGUUUUCAAUAAGUCCACUAAUUUAAAAAAUGCACGCGAAGGAUUAACGUGAGUUCUUUUUCGAGAGAAGUACUUCCUGCGCAUGAUUGUGAAAAACGAAUAUUCAAUAUACAAUAGACAUCAAAUCAAAUUGCGCAAUGAGUGAAAUGAGACCUUAAGCGAGGGUAUCUUCUUGGUUAACCUAAGGGUCACAAUAGGAACAGGCGUUACGUUUUACAAAAUUUAUUCAGAAAAUCUCAUUUCUGGUUCCAAUCUUUAAUAGGGACGGAUACUGAUUUCUAUGCUGGAUACCGUGCAUGUACAUGUUUGGACGGAUUUUAUCGCACCCACAUGUUUGAGCAAUGUCACAAAUGUGGACAAGGUGGGCUGAAAUGCCAGGAUGAAUAUGCUUCAUUAAAACCUGGUUAUUGGUGGGAAUGGCGGAACGAGACGCACAAAGAUCGCUACAGAGACUAUAUAGCAAACCUCUUGACAUCUUCCCCGGCGUUAGAUGCUUCCAGCGUUCAAUUCCCAUAUCAGAUACCAUUACCUUACAUGUGCCAGGUGGAGGAGUCUUGCCUUGGAGGUCUAGAUUCCCCUUGCAAAGAAGGCUAUGAAGGUCCGCUCUGUGCUGUUUGCAGUACAGGAUAUUACAAACACCUACAAGCAUGCACACAGUGUCCAUCAAGGCAUUGGGUGGUUGGACAGCUGUCGAUAAUUGCAGCCAUAGUGUUUAUAGUUGUUGUUCUCACAGUGUGGACAAGCAACAGAAAGAGAAAGAGGGGAGGAGGAAGCUCUUUUUUGGAUAUGUUAUUUUCCAAACUUAAGAUCGUCAUUGGAUUUUACCAAGUCACCCACGGUUUGCUCGAAGCGUUCUCGUUCAUAAAGUGGCCGGGUGCCCUGGAACUAAUCACGAAGUAUUCAGAAAUAUUACAAAUGAAUAUAUUUCAGAUAGCACCCAUUCACUGCUUAUAUCGGGGAUUAAGAGUGGAUGCCUUUGCAAGCUUGCUGGCGGUAAUGGGGUUUAAUGUGGCUGUCAUUAGCAUUUCGGGUUUCAGUUAUGGUUUGCGUAAGGUUUUUGUAUUAAGAAGUCGAUUGCUUGACGACAAGGCCAAGUCAGACAAAAUCUCAAAGGCGAAGGAAAGCAUAUACAGGAAUUUACUUUUUUUCCUCUAUGUGACGUACCUGAGCACGUGUUCUAAGACCGCCGCCGUUCUACCGCUCGCUUGUCGUAAACUCUGCCGAGACAAAAAAGAAGAGUCUUGUCACAAGUAUCUAAAAGCAGAUUACAGCGUACUAUGCGAAGGUCCAGAGUACAACCAUUUGCUUGUCGCAGCGUACAUUGCUACUGCCUAUAUCAUUGCCCUUCCUGUGGCGACAUUCGUCGCGCUUUGGAGACAAAGACGAGUAAUAUCAGCGAAGAACGAGGCACAAGAAUAUACUGAUUCUAGCAAGGAGGUGAUUACUGGAUUGCGGUUUCUUUUUGAAAACUACAAAACUCGCACAUGGUAUUGGGAAGUGGUUGAAACGUCUCGCAAAGUAAUUCUGACUUCUGGUCUGAUUCUUGUGGGACAAGAGAGCAGGUCCUACAUUGGCUUGGCAUGGGUCAUCGCCGGGAUGUACGGAAUGCUUUUCUCGUGGAACGCACCCAUACAAGACGUGGUCGAAAACAGACUAAUGGCUACGUCCCUUGCCGUAACUGUUGUCAACCUGGGUAUUGGAGCUGUCAGCAGAAUACCUGCAGAGAAUAUACCAACCUCUGUCAAUCCCUAUAGAGACGCAGUAUUGUUCAAGUUAUUAGUGUUUGGAGCAAACGCUUUGGUGAUUGGUCAACUGGUUGGUAAGAUGACACUCUUAACUCAAGUUUUAAUCACUUUUGCUGGUAAAAAUGAGUUGAUUGGAGUGGGUGGGAAGAAGCGAAGUGUAGUGUAAUGGACGAAGUGGAGUGGGUUGAGAAAGAUUGGGUGUGGUGAAAAAAGCGAAGUGAAGUGAAGUGGGGGAGAUGGGGUUGUGCAAAGAGUAGUUGGAUAUUUAGGGGGAUGGGUGCAGAGAGUGAAAUACAGUGAGGUGGGGUGGACUGGACUGGAGUUGCAUGCUGUGGCUUGUCGUUGAGAAGAGCACAGAUAGCAGUUUGUGGCUCCUGCUUUAUUUCAUUUCACCUUUUUUGGAACUAUUUGUGGAGACCUAUUUACAGUAGGUGUAGCACGCCUGGUAGCCCACUCAAUAAAACACAUUAUUUUAGCGUCUCAAACCUACCUUUAUUUCAUUUACUUUUCAGUUCAGUAUGCAGUGUUUCUU